CGCAGUUGUCAGCCUAGCUAAGGGGUGGUCGGGUCGGAGCUUCGUUUGCUGGUUCUACUUGUCUGAAAUCUUAAAGGGGGAAAGGUGACUCUUCAAGAUGUCUCCUUUAUCCUACGCUUUUGCUGGGGUCCUUGGUCUCCUGGUACUCAGCAGUGCAGUAUCAGGGUCUCCAGAAUGGGCUCGAAUUGAGGAGAAAUUGAGAAGUGAUUUGUUAAGUAACUAUGACAAAAAUGUUCGGCCAAGCAACACCACAGUCAUUUCUUUCAAUGGCCCAUUUAUUAGGGAUGUUCAGCUGGACGACGCAUCCAACGCCAUUGAAAUGUUCUGUUGGUUGAAUUUCCAAUGGCAAGAUGACCGACUGAUUUGGGACGAAGCGAAAUAUGCUGGUGUGGACGUCCUCUCUGUGCCAGUGGAUAUGCUAUGGACUCCUGACAUCGCUACUUACAAUUCACCAAGUAUCGACGACGUGCGAGCCAUAGAUAACCAGCCUAUGGUAGUCAAAUCGACUGGCAGUGUGUUGUGGAUUCCUCCUGCUAAGCUCAGAGCAUCCUGCGGCGCCGACAUCCGACUGUGGCCUCGCGAUACACACGUUUGCAACAUCACCAUUGGGUCUUGGACUCAGUCGGGACUCAUGGUCGAUUUUGAUAUCCAGUCGCAACCUGAGAUCAAGUACUGGACAGGCAAGGAGACCAACAUGACCGGUUCAACAUGGGAGAUCCUCGAAGCCAAUUCGACCAAGGAAUCGAAGCAAUAUCCCUGUUGCCCUGAUAUCUAUAUCGACGUCGCACUCUCAAUCAAGCUUCGUCGUUAUGCCCCCAGCAGUAUCACUACGAUCAUCGUGCCGGCCGUCUGUCUGAGUCUCCUGACCCUGAUUGUCUUCCUCCUCCCCCCCUCUGCCGGAGAAAAGGUCACCAUUGGAGGAUUUUGUCUCGUUCUUGACCUGAUCUUCCUUAUCUACAUCUCCGCCACCAUCGGGGUCACUCGUUCUACCACGCCUAUCUUAGUGAAGCUAGCGUGCCAACAGUUCGUCCUCGCUGCCAUCAGUUUAAUGGUAUCAGUUCAGGUCCUACGGUUGGCAAGAGGUCCCCGUUCCUCUGGCCUGAGCUCUUGCAUUCGCCGUCCUCUGGCUGCCCUUGCCUCCUGCCUCUUCCUCGGGAACUACAGUGCUAUGGUGACCAACGACCGCCCCUCAACCAAGGACGACUUUAAGAAGUACCCUGAUCACCCCCCACAGUACUCCCAGCUGUCAAGUUCCUCAGAAACGACCUCCACUGAUGACUACGUUGUUCUGGCCGCUGUUGUCGAUCGUCUUCUGUUCUUGCUGUUCCUCGCCCUCUGCCUGAACAAUGUCAUUCGCUUCUGGAGUGUUCUGUAAUUUUUUUUUUUUUUUUUUUUUUUUUUUGAUGUGGUGGAUGGGUUAAAGAGGUCGGAUUAUCAUUGGCAAUGUUUUUGUUUUUUUAAUUUUUCGUUUUGAGAUUUAUUAUUUAUUUAUUUAUUUAUUUAUUAUUAUUAUUAAUUUUUUUUUUGGGGGGGUAUGCUGAUGAAAAUGUCAUUCAAAGCCGAUGAUUAUUAUUUUUUUCAUAAUCUGAGGAUCGUUUGGCAAUUAUUUUUUCAGAUCUACUGACUCUUCAAAAUUCGUUUUCAAAAUUUCGCUUUAUUUUUUUAUUUUAUUUGUUUUAAGGGAUGGCUGGCUGGGAUGGGAAAAUGUUUUAUCUUUUAAAGCCAAUGUCUCUUUUUUCCAUAAUUUUGAGAAUCAUUUGAGAUCAAUAUUAGAUCUGGUGUCCCUUAAUUAACUGGACUUAACCUCGUAUCAGUUUCCAUCUAUACUAUAGAAAUUAUGUCACAGAAACCAUACUAUAGGCUGUAUUUUUUUCUUAUAAAGUAGUAGUACCGUUUCCUUCCGUGUAAUCAAUGUAAUCUUUCGCUUAUUCGGAAAUUAAAGAAAAUUAAAGAAUAUUAAUACUCUGAAUUGGAAAUUGGAAAAAUUAAAAAUAUUAAUACUGCAUGUGUACUAGCUAUCUAUUGCAUGUAUAAUUAAAGAAAUUUAUUAAAAUUCUACUUUCUUGUAUGUUACUGUAGCUACUGCAUAUAUUUCUGUCAGUUUCUGUCAAGGUUAUUGGAAAGAAAACGAAAAAAUGUUGUGGUUCAGCAUUACCACUGAAACCCUGACUCCUACCCGCAAGCACUUACCCCAGAAACUCACGAAAUAUAUAUGUAAUGGAAAAUAAUUAGUCAGUGUGUGUACUCUAUUUCAUGUAAAAGUUGUAGUAGGCCCUUUCAUUAAGAGUAACAAUGUGUGGUGAAGUAAUGCAUGCAAUCUGAUGAAAUAGAAAGUUUUCUCUGUUCCUUGGCAUUGGUUCAAUAAAUAUCCUUCAAAU